CACUCCAUUGUUAUACGGAGCCAAUGUUGAGAGAUAAAAUGUUUUGGUUUGGUUUAGACUGUCGAUAUCACAGCAAUAUAAAAGCUUGUGAAAUAAAAUUGAACGCUUUUGAAAAUUUAGAACGUGCCAUGGAAUACAUUGUAAAUUUUCUGUGCUUCGUUCUAGUUAUUGUUCCUCAAGUACCUAAUAUUACGUGUACAGAAGAAUGUAUUGAUCCAAAGGAUAAGCAGCUUGAAUCGUGCUGCAACGUUCCGGAAUUGUUUCCAACCGUGACAACGCGUAACUGCCAUUUGAGGGCUAGAAAUAUGACAACAAAGGAGGACACCUUGGGAUAUUUAUCGUGCUUCCACGAGUGCGUCUCAAACGAGAGUGGUGCCAUCACGGCUGGCAGCACUGUCAACGUGGACCGGUACUACCAGAUGGCCGGGCUGUUCAACGAGGCCAUAAAGCACACCUACCGGAUGGCCGUGGAUCGGUGCGUGGAAAUGCCGCGACGUGCUUCCGACCAGAGGACGGCGUGUGACAUUUUUGCGCUCAAUUUCAACGGUUGCAUAAUCCACAUGGUUGCCCUGUACUGCCCAAAGGAGGUGGCCAGCACGGAAAGUACCGCAUUGGUGUUCCGUUCUGUCGUGAGUCGAAAGCGAUUGAAUGAAAUAAAUGUUAAGUUCAAAAAUCCAAGGUCCGUUUUUUAUAUCUCGUGACGGAGGGGCGGUACGACCCCUUCAAUUUUUGAACAUGCG